AUGCUUCGCAGCGUUUUUGCUCGUCUGGGUAUGCCAGAACUGCUGGUCAGCGAUAACGGGACACAGUUUACGAGCGCUGAGUUCCUGGAGUUCUGUACAACUAACGGCAUCCAGCACCUUACGACGGCCCCGUUUCAUCCGCAGUCCAAUGGCCAAGCGGAGCGGUUUGUGGAUACGUUUAAACGAGCAGUGAAGAAGAUUCAGGCGGGGAGGAGCUCAAUCGACGAAGCGCUGGACGUCUUCCUGAUGACGUAUCGAACUACACCGAAUCGUCAGGUCGAAGGCGGCGUGUCACCAUCUGAAGCCAUGUUUGGACGCCGCAUCCGGACGAAUCUGGAACUGCUCUUGCCACCACAACCAAAACCACCAAGCGAGUCAACGGAGUUAAAAGGUGGUUCCCGGAAGCGACGGUUUGAACCACACGUUCUGGUUUACGCGAAGCUGUACAGCGGAAACAAGUGGCACUGGGCGCCUGGCGUUGUUUGCGACCGGGUUGGCCAGGUGAUGUAUACCGUUUGGGUUGAGGACCGCCGUAUGCUCCGAUCGCACGCAAAUCAGCUUCUCAGUCGUGCAGAUUGGGAUCCGAGGACAGAUGGAGCAGAGAAGCCGAUGUUGCCCCUCGACAUCCUGCUGGAUUCCUGGAAUCUGUCGAAACCAACACCGGCUGCGGAUCCAACAACACCGACGGUCUUGGACGCGUCACUACAGUCAGCAAGUCCGGAUCAACGCUCGUCACAUGGUGUCCCAGAAUGCUCGCCAUCCAUACCAAGAUCACCCGAGCAGGUUGUACCACCUGAAAGCGAGCCUGCGUCGCUGGUACCGGGGCUUCGUCGUUCUACACGAGUUCGAAAGAAGCCUCAGCGGUUCAACUCGUACCAGCUCAAUUGA